CGGGAGCAGUUCGCUCCGCGUCUCCUUUACUGCGCCGGCGUUAGCCGGGCGUUCGCUGGUCGGGGCCUCCCGCUUGCCUGCCGCUGCCGACACAACAUCUUUUGGCGACGAGGAUGGGAUUCCCGCAACGGUUCCGACCGAAGCCCCGGGAAACCAACGAGCUUCGCCCACCUCGAAGCGGCCGGCGGCGGCGACUGGACGGACGCACGGCGAGCGUCUGCGCUCGUCAGCGCUCUCGGGCGUGAGGGACAACGGAAGCACUUCGCAGCCGAGGAGCAGGAAGCAGCAAGGCAGUUAACCAGCGCAGCGUCAGCUUCAAGCGAAGCAGCAAGGCAGUCGACCGGCGCAGCGUCAACGACAAGUGAUGCGGUCCCGCCAGCGUCAGAGUUUCCGAGACUCUUGCAGCGGCUUGACCGGCUGUUCGCCGCGUCAACAAAUGUCCUGGCGGAACGGCAUGAGUUCACCAGCUGAAAGCAGCUCGAGGGAGAAGGCUUCCUGGAAUUCGUGACCGCAUUGAAGGAGAAGGCGGUACAGUGCAACUUCGGCACAAGCUAUGACGAGCGCGUCCGAGACCAAAUCAUACACGGGAUAGCGAACGCCAGCGUUCGCGAAAAGUUGCUGGCCCAUGGCGAAACCUUGUCCCUGGACAAGGCAGAAGAGAUCGGACGCUCGUUAGAAGCCCUACAUCGAGCGAACCGCGCGUUCGACUCGGAGAAAAUACAGAGAAUCGAGGCAGCUCAACUUGGCGCUCCGUCGACGAGCCAAGAUGGCCGACUUCUUCCGGGGAGCCGCCAAGAUGGCCGACGCAGUCCGGGAGGCCAUGAAGAUGGCCGACUUUUUCCGAGGAGCCGCCAAGAUGGCCGACGUCUUCCAAGAGGCCGCCCAGAUUAUCAACAUCUUCCGCGAGGCUCCUCCGGGACCCGCAAUGAAGCACAGGAUGCAAAGGACCCUAAUUUCGACCGCAGUACAUGCGACCGGUGUGGCAGCACGAGGCAUAUUGCCACAUACAGGAACUGUCCCGCAAGGAACCGGCGGUGCAACGCCUGCCACACGUUGGGCCAUUUUGCAUCCGUAUGCCGAAAAACCCGUACUGUUCAGCACAACUCUUCCGCAGAGACGCUGUCUUCAACUUCCGCAGGACAGCCGUCCGCGUCUGUCUUGACGGUGAGCACGUUGGAAGCUAAAAGGGAUUUACAAGUCCCGGUCGUGGUUAACGACGUCGCCAUGCGGCUGCUCGUGGACACAGGAGCGUCAGUCUCAUUGAUGACUGCUGAGGAUUUUGGGAAGCACUUUGGUCGACAGCACAGACUGUCAAAAACAGCAGUGGACUUGAGGAAUUUCUCCAGGCAACGCAUCGACAUUCAAGGCCUUUUCCAAGCCACUGUCCAGUUUCUUCAAAGGUCGUGCUCAGUCACGUUCCAUGUAACGUCUACAGGAACAUCACUGCUGGGUCUUGACGCCAUCCAGCGCUUGGGGAUACAAAUCGACGGUACGUCGCUGACAUGCUGCCUGGCUACGCUUCCUCCUGUACAGAGCCCCACAGGUGUGCCUCCGGGUUUUGAUCACCUCUUCAGUGGCGAGUUGGGACUCGUCAAAAACUUCGUGCACCGCAUACAUCGACGGCAAGGUAUGAAACCAGUGUCAUCAAAGUUGCGCAGACUACCCCUGGCUCUCCGUGACCAGGUGACAAAUGAACUGCGACGUCUCGAGGACUGCGACGUCAUCGAGCGCGUCGAGGCUUCUGAAUGGGUGUCUCCACUCGUCGUGGUGCGCAAAAAGGAUGGAGCCAUCCGGCUCUGUGUUGACCUACGGGAACCGAAUAAGGCAAUUGUCAUUGAUGGGUAUCCUUUGCCGCACGUAGAAGAGUUAUUGCAAAUGUUUCAUGGUGCCACAUAUUUUUCUAAGCUGGAUCUAGCAUCUGCUUACCACCAGCUGUUACUGGAAGAAGGUAGUAGAGAUCUCACUACAUUCAUAACUCAUGAAGGCUUAUUCAGGUUCAAGCGUGUCUGUUUUGGCUUGGCAUCUGCGCCAGCAGUGUUUCAGAAAAUGAUGUCACAAAUCUUGCAGAGUUGUAAGAAUGUUGUCUGUUACCUUGAUGACAUUUUGGUAUGGGGUCGGACAAAACCUGAGCAUGAUGCUAACUUAAGAGAAGUCUUGCUUUGCAUUUCAAACAGUGGUAUGAAACUGAAUGAAAAAUGUGUCUUCUCUGUGAGAGAACUGACUUUUCUGGGCCAUAAAAUUUCAGCUGAAGGCAUUUCGCCUACAGAGAGCAAGGUAAAAGCAAUCCUGAAUGCGCCUGCUCCUACAGAUAUUAAGUCAUUGCAAUCCUUCUUAGGAUUAGCUGGUUACUAUGCCAAGUUCAUUGAUCAUUAUGCAGAACUUGUAGAACCGCUUCGCCUCAUGCUCAGGCAAGGGCAAAAUUUUGCUUGGUCUGAUGAUGCACAACGUAGCUUCAAUCAGUUGAAAGCUCGUCUUACAUGUUCCCCUGUCAUUAAGAUUUUCAACCCUGAAUUGCCUGUGGUAGUCACGACUGAUGCAUCUGAUGUUGGUGUUGGUGCUGUGUUACAGCAACCGUAUGGUUCUAAGCUAGAAACUGUAGCUUUUGCAUCUAGGACAUUGUCUGUAGCUGAACGAAAGUAUUCUGUAGGAGAGCGUGAAGCGCUAGCAUGUCUGUUCGCAUGUGAAAAAUGGCAUGUGUACCUCUGGGGUAGACGGUUCACUCUUCGAACUGACCAUCAAGCAGUAGUUGCAUUACUGUCCGCUGGCGACUCAGGUCGUCGACCUCUUCGCAUUUCAAGAUGGUCAGCCAGGCUCCUGUAUUACAACUUUCAGAUUGAAUAUUGCAAAGGAUCAGAAAACCUAGUCGCUGAUGCCUUGUCUAGACUUCCAGUAAAGGAUUCGCAGAAUGUAGUUCAGGAGGAAGAAAUAGUAUCCUUGGUCACAUCAGUCGUUGACAAGGAAACAGUGCAACUUGCAACGAGUACAGAUGAGACGCUUCAGAAGGUCAGUAAAUGCCUAGCAGAGGGUUGGCCUUCUAAGAAAAACAUAGACAAUGCUUUAAUAGCUUACUUUCAUGUGAAUGAAGAAUUGUCGUUUGUAGAUGGAUUACUCAUGCGUGGUGAUCGUGUGGUAAUACCCAGUGUCCUCAUACCUACAUUUCUACAGCUGGCACAUGAAAAUCAUCAGGGCAUAGUACGUACUAAGCAGCUUCUUCGUGAACGCUAUUGGUGGCCCCAGAUGGAUAGCACUGUUGAACAGUAUGUAAAGCAUUGUCAUGUAUGUAAGCUGGCAGACAAGUCUGCAAAGCCUCAUGUAGCUCCAUUGCAACCAGUUGAAUGGCCGAACGGGCCUUGGCAGAAAUUGGGAAUGGACAUCAUUGGCCCAUUAAACACGUCCUACCCUAGGUAUCUAGUCACCCUUGUUGACUACUACUCAAAGUGGCCAGAAGUACUUGGUACUAAUUCCAUCUCCACAGAUGAUGUCAUUAAGCUUCUUGACUGGGCUUUCAGCCGUGAAGGGUUGCCAGACUCUAUAGUUACAGACAAUGGUCCACAGUUUGUUUCAAAACAAUUCCAAGAUUACCUAAAGGAAAAAGGAAUCGCUCAUUUUUUCUCCUCCAACUAUUAUCCUCAGGGUAAUGGUCAAAUAGAAAGGUUCAACCGAGUCAUUAAGGAACACCUGCAGGUAGCCAGGCUUGAAGGUCGAGAUGCUUCGAAAAGCAUUUCAGAAUUCUUGGGUUCUUAUAGGAUUACACCACAUGCUACAACGGGUCUCUCCCCAGCUUUCCUACUUCAUGGUCGUCAACCUCGUUCAAAGAUAGAUAUUAGCAACUUCAGGUUGCGUAAGCACAUAACGGUUCAGGACAGUUCUCUUCCGCAAGUUCGCGAGAGAGUCUCGCAGAAACAGCGGCAAACUAAACAGUAUGUAGACAAACGUAGAGGUGCUCAGGCAACUCGUAUCAAGGUGGGAGACACCGUCAAAGUAAAACUUGCCAAGAAAGGAUUUUUUAAGUACAGUACGCCUCGUACAGUUAAGGCCCAGGUAGGACCAUCCUCUUUUGUACUCAGUGAUGGGAAGACGUGGAAUGCGUCUAAGUUAACCACAGUAGUCGAUAAUUCAAACCAUAGUACAUUGUCCACGACUGACAAAGAUUUUUUGUACUCGUAUUCAAACCUGGAUAGUCAUUCCGAUGACUCGUCUGGCGUGACAUCGUCCUUUCAUAGGCACCGCUUAAGUAGUGCAUCUGACUGUAUCGCUUCCGAGUCUACACAGUCAGCAAUAGUUUCAGAUUCCGUGGGGGAAUCGGUAGUAUCCCAGGACUUGUUGGGACUUCGAGAGGAGCGUCCUGGGCAACCCUCUCCAGCUUCGAACGACAACCACAUUCAACUUUCCAACCAGGGGGAGGGAAAUAGUAGUGGGACGACUGGGUCUUUAAAGUCGACCGAAACGCGUCGCAACCCCCAAAGUUCUUCUGAGGUACGCACGCGUCCUCAUCGUGUCAAAAAACGGCCUCCGCGGCUUGACGAUUAUGUUUCCUGAAUGCAGAGCGUUUUGCCGUCUUCGAAAUGCCACGGCUAGGGGCCUCGCUGUGACAUUUAGGAGGCAGUUCACAUUUUUCGUUCACACAGGUAAAAUGUGUUCCUUGUUGCGGUGCAGUGAGUUUUGUGCCGUGUUCCUUGUUGAACUUUGUUUGAGUGACUGCCUGUGUUUUUAGUGCCCAAGACUGGUGCGCGUGUAUGUGAACUUGGGCGGGGACGGAUUGAAUUUGUUGUGGACUUAAGUGCGUGCUUUGUGUGCAACUGGUGCGCGUGUGUGAACAUGGGGGGGAAUGAACUGAAAUCUUCUUUGGACUUAAGUGCGCGUCGUGUGUGCGCGUUUCACUGUAUGUUACUUUG